GCUGUCCCGCAGACGGCGGUGGAGGAGCUGAUGGCCAGCACGGCGUACCUGGAGCUGUUCCUGCGCAGCGUCAGUGACCCGGCCCUGCUCCAAACCUUCCUGCGCUUCAUCCUGCUGCACCGGCACGACAACAGCACCAUCCUCGACACGCUCGUCGCCCGCAUCGCCGCCAACUCCCGGCUCUGCAUGGUGUCUCUGAGUCUCUUCCGCACGCUGCUGAACCUGAACUGCGAGGACGUGAUGCUGCAGCUGGUGCUCAGGUACCUGAUCCCCUGCAGCCACGUCAUGCUGAGCCAGAGGCGGGCGGUGAAGGACCUGGACAUCUACGGCAAGACGGCCGCCAAGUUCCUGUCGCUGAUCCCGCGCUGCUGCCGGGCCGAGAGCCUGCCCGCGCCCGACCGGGAGGAGCACGCCACCUGGGCCAAAGGUGGGCCGGCCCCUGGGACCAGGCCUGCGGUAACGCUCCCUCUCGGCUCUCUCCUCGCAGCCCAUGGGAGCCCCACUGUGGACACCUCUUUCGUGGUCACCGUGCCCAAGCCCUCCACGCCCUCCCGCCUCGCCUUCUUCAUGCGCCAGCAGAGCUGCAGCUCGGAGGCGGGGAGCCCGGCGCCCCGCUCGCCCGGCCUGGCCACGCCCACCGGGAGCCCCUCCCACCGCCCGGCCCGGUGGGAAGAGGUGGCGGAGCUGGAUGGGAACUACCUGGAGUACCUGCGGGACGCUCAGCUCAGUGUGGAGCAGUGCGUGCUGGCCUGCCGCAUCUGGUCAGCCCCCUAUGAUGGGGAGCGGCCGAGCGCCGGCCCCGCCGGUCCCCCCGGCCCCGCCUCCCCGCGCACUAAGAAGAGGGGCCUGCCAGAGGAGGGCGGGGGGCCGGCCGGGGCCCCCAGCAGCAGUGAGCCCAGCGCCGGCCCCCCCAUGCCCGACGUCGAGGACUCGGCCCCUCUCCUGAACGGGGCCCCCGGGGCGGAGCCGAGCCGGCCCAGCAGGCCGGACGGGGACGUGGUGGUGAAGAAGGUGCGCCGGGGCCCCCCCUCCGCCGGCUCGGAGCGGGAGCAGAGGGGGCUCAAGGCCCAGGCGGAGAACGGCUCCCCCACCGCCCCGGCCCUGGCCUGGGAGCAGCCGUCCGUGGACUCCCUGAUCGACGAGCUGCUGGCCCGGGCGCCCAGCGAGCCCAACGGCUCCAGCCUGAGCAUCGAGAGCUUCUCGCGGGAGCUGCGGGAGCUGGAGGCUGAGCUGCAGAGUGGGGCUGGGCAGCCCCCCGCCUCGCCUGCCGGGCCCCUCUCCCGGGAGGAGGAGGAGGAGGCUGAGGCUGACGAGAG